UUCCGCGCAGCUCAUUGAGGCAGGGAACAGCGACAUGGAGAGUCAAAAAAACAGCAGCGCGGAUGACACAAUCACUAAAGCUGACUCAUCGCCGGCGUUGAAUGUGCUGUGUUCUAUAUGCAACGAGUUUUUCUGUGCAAACGCCAUUAUUUGGUCCAUCAACAAGUGCGGCCAUGUUUUCCACAAGAACUGCCUGUCGCGAUGGCUGGCUAGAUCCCUCACCUGCCCGCAGUGUCGGUCGCCCUGCCACAAGCAACUUGUCUCAAGACUUCAUUUAAACUUUGGCCCAGUCCCGGAGAGCUGUGACGGGGGGCCUAGUGAAAUAAAAUACUACAAAAUGGAGACUCAUUUUCAGUGGGUGCCCAUGAGCCUGGAUGCGGAUGACGGUACCGAGGAUCCGUAUGAGCCUCCCGAGGGAGCCCUUCAAAGCGGAGUCAACGAGAACGGGAAUCCCUCGUUUGUGGCCCGAGCCUAUUUCAAUAACGAUCGCCUGCCGGUCCAUUACGUGCCGAGGGAGAAGGUUGCCUACGGAGGGUGGGACGGAACUGCCUAUGCCUUAACCGAUGGUGUGGAGGUGCUGACGCUUAAGGAUUGCGAUUACGAGUGGGUGGAUGGUCAGGAUGGCACCUAUCCGGAAGACGCGCUGCCCACGGGCUAUUCGCAUUGGGGCGAGGUCACCUACACGGGACGCGGUGAAUAUCAAGGAAUCAUGCGGCUGGGAAAGGUGCAUCCCUCCUUCAAGAAAAUAUUUAUACCACAUCAGGGUCAAGAAGUCGGAGUCAGGUCAUACGAAGUCCUGGUGCUCACUCCACGCCAUGUUACUGAAUGAUUACUUUAUUUGUGUACCAAUUAAUAAGUGUGUUAGGUCCAAUGCCUUUUAAAAGAUAAUAAAAUUAGUUUAAAAAAA